AUGUGCCAUACUCAUCCAAGCAGUUCGUUCGUACAGUGUUGUCGUCUUGCUCUGCUGUUGCUGUCAACCUUCCUUGUGAACUUUGUAAAUACGCACGAAUUCUCGAUAGGACCCUGUCAGUUCCAGUACCUAGAACCGUGCACCUCCAAAACGAUCGCGUUCUAUGUCUUCUCCAGCGACCACCCAAAGGAUGGCCCGAUACUGCUCGACUCGAUCGAUCCGCACGUGCCCGAGCAUAUUGCGCUCAACCACACCAACAAGCUGAUCGUACACGGAUAUGGCGGAAGUAUCGAUUUUAACGCUACCAAAAUGAUCCGCAAAGCGUACUUGCGCAAGCCAAACACGAACGUCUUCAUCGUCGAUUGGGGAAAACUGUCCCGACUUCCCUGCUAUCCGACGGCCGCCUUCAACACCAAGCAGGCGGGCGAAUGUACGGCCACAUUCCUGAUUGGGUUGCAGGCGAACCAUCCGGAAUUUAGCACCCGCGAUCUGCACGCCAUCGGAUUCAGUCUCGGUGCGCACGUGCUGAGCUUCACCAGCAACGCGCUGGAGAAAUCGAUUGGCGUCAAGUUCCGCCGUAUCACUGGUCUCGAUCCAGCGCUGCCAUUCUUCGCUACGGCCCGUCCUCACUGGAAGCUGGACCAAAGCGAUGCCGACUUUGUCGAUGUGAUCCACACGAAUGCGGGUGUGUAUGGGAAGAUCGAGGCGUGCGGACAUGUCGAUUUCUACAUGAACGGUGGCCAAAAUCAGCCGGGCUGUGAAAAAGAUUCAAAUCAACCCCUGUGCAGCCACAAAAUGUCGGCCGCCUACUUUGCGGAAUCGAUCAACAGCAAGCAGGGCUUUUGGGCGACUCGCUGCACCAGUUACUUUGCAUACUUUUUCGGCUUCUGUAAGUAUCGUGUCGAGCAGCAGCAGCAGCAACAAUCGUUGAUCGCCAGCGAAGAUAGUAGCCGGCAGGAAGAAACGACGCAACCUGAUGUGGCCCUCGGCGAAAACAACAAUGUGCACGAUAACAAUCGCAUACUGAUGGGCGAGUACUGUUCGAAUACUGAUAUCCGGUUCUAUCUCUUUACCCGUUCAAACCCCGAUGAUCGACAGUAUAUCCACAUUGACGAGACCUGGGAGCAAUCCAAUCUUAGCUCUUCUUACUUCAAUCCCUCACAUCCCGUGAAGGUCAUCAUCCAUGGUUACAAUGCUGACAUGUUCCUGACACCACUGAUAAACAUGAAAGGAGAAUAUCUUUCCCGUGCGAACUACAAUCUAUUCUACGUCGAUUGGAGCGAUCUUGCUCAUGGGCCUUGUUAUCCAUCUGCCGUACACAACACACGCCAUGUUGGCAAGUGCAUCGGUCAACUUGUGCAGCGCAUCAUCGAUGCCGGAACGGAUAAUAUUCAUCUUGUGGGGUUUUCGCUCGGUGCACAGGUAACGAACUACGUCUCCACAACGGUACGACCCUUCCGAUUGAAGCGCAUCACGGGCCUCGAUCCCGCAAUGCCACUGUUCAUUACGGCUGCUGCUGACGAUAAGCUGGAUCCUUCCGAUGCGGAGUUUGUGGAUGUUAUUCACACCAACGCCCUAGUGCAGGGAAAGAUAGAACGCUGUGGCCAUGUUGAUUUUUACGUAAAUGGAGGAAUUCUACAGCCAGGCUGUUGGAGUUCUGGUCAAAAUCCCAUGGCUUGCAGUCAUCACCGUGCACCGGAUUACUACGCCGAAUCAAUCCGCAGUCUGACCGGAUUUUGGGGCUGGAGCUGCCAAAGUUACGUAUACUACCUGCUCGGUUUCUGUCCACAGAAUAACCUGCAAGUUAUCGCUGGGGAAGAUUGCCCAUCCGGCACCGAGGGCAUGUUUCUGAUAACGACAAAUGCGGCUUCACCGUUUGCGAUUGGCCGAUGGGCUGGUUUCAGCAUACCUCAGAAGAAAGACUCCGUCUUACACAAGCACGGACUCAAUCGAGAUCCUUUCAUCAGCGAUAUCGAUCAGUGGGGAAAGCUGGAAAGCUCAUUCAACAAUGUGGACCACUUUCCGACACCAUACUCACAGGAUCCAAACCACGGGCAGGAUGACGAUGAGUGGCCUUACUUCAAUCACGUUGGUACGAAAGAACUAACGAAGGAACACAUUCGGAAAAUUCUCGAACAGGACAAAUCACGCUACGGUGGUGAUCACGAGCCGAUCGCUUCAAGCACUUUGGCUACAACGGUCCCUACGGUGGCACCACCGAGUGAUAACGAUAUUGAUGAUGCGUUCUACCUGCAGGAUUUGCGCCGUCGGUUACAGCAGAAGGAAGCGAACGUAAUGCAACACUACACCAUGCCGAUGUUCAAUGCGCACUAGUAGUGCAGUUGUGCGGACAUCGUCGCCACCGUGUCUCUGAUUGUGGUGCAUUAUUGCACCCAAACGCAAUCGAUUUUACCAGAAGUCAGCAGCAGCAAGCAGUUCCCAAUGCAAACACGUCAUCUUUAUCUAAUUAAUGAGUCUCACACGUUCUGCACACGGUUUGCAGAAA